GUCCACCGUCCAUCGGUGAAUAUAUCCCAGCCUGCUAAUCGCGGUCAUUCCGCAUUCACUCGCUAGCAUCGCAUCGCUGUUCGCAGUUCGCACGCUCAGUUCGAAUUUGGCGCGCAACCGGUACCGGUCAGGCAGCCAGCGACGUGCGCGCCUUUGCCCAAAGAAGUUGUGUCGAAAAACGAAACGAAGCGAAGGAGCGAAAAGUUUUGUUUGUUGUGUUUUGUGUUUACUUUUUGUUUGUAUGGAAGUCAGAGAACUGGUUUUAUUUUAUAAUGAAAGAUUUUAGUGCAAGUGUAUUCUCUAGUGAGGAAUUAUAAUAAUAAAAUAAGUAAUAAAUACAGUGCCAACGGAUACAUACAUGGUAUCUCCGGCGACGCGUACGCUUACGCCCGAAUAGUAGUACUACCUCGUACUAUAAACAAGUAAUCGUAGUAUUCAUAAUGGACGGCGAAAGGAAAAUCCACAUGAGCGAAGGUGUCCCCUUGAACUCACCAGGUGCGGCUAAUAUUUUUCUGAAUACUGGCAAAAAUACGAAAGUAAAUUCACCCGAAGGGACUGUCAUACAUCUCAACACAGAGAAACCGUCAGACCUCGGCGUGCAUAUAAAUACGACGUUCUCAAUAGCGUCUUCCAAGAAAAUAAAGCUUUUGUUCGUGUUGAAUUUUUUGUUAAGCGUUAUUUGUAUGGUACUAAGUUGUUCGAUAGCGUUCUACUACUGGAACGAGAUGAUAUCGAUGAGGAGACAGCUGGACUUGAUAAACGACCACUUUAUCUUACACAACUUGAACCAGGACAGAGGGGUACAGAGUGCGCUGGUGGCCCGCCCAAGGCCGCCGGCCGAGGACGACGCGCGGGAGCCGAGAGCAAGGACCUUUGAUGACGAUGACACUCCACAGAGUGCUAAGAAAUUCUAUGUCGAAGAUCUGGGAGAAGACAUGUUAUUGGUAGACUCAAAGAAAAAAAAUUCAAGCAAAGGCAAUGUUCCAGUUUAUGACUUGACCAUCCUACAAAAAGAAUUAGUUGUGGUUCAAUUCAACGGUGGUCAGAAAGAAGUCAAUUUGGGAACCCAAUCAAUCAUGGGUCCCUGGAUUCGAGAUGAGGAGGUGUCUUCGAAGAACAGCGCAGACAAGUUCGAGCUGACGAAUGGCAAUUACGUCACGAUCAAAGAAGGCGGCCUUUACUUAAUUUAUGCUCAGGUGGUGUACCUAACACAAUCACCGAACUGCUACUACAUAUGGGCGCGGCAAACCGGCAAGGAUCCCCGUCUGCUCUCAACUUGUGCAACAGGAGACGACUCAAGCAACCGACCGCUGAGCAAAUCUCAAAUGUCUUGCUCCGUGCAAACAGUAGCAAGAUUAUACAAAGGGGACACAGUAAACAUUGCCCAGAGAGAACCGAACAGAACUGUGUGGCUCCGACCAGGGUACAGCUACUUCGGCUUCGUAAAACUUAGUUCCUAAUAGGCUGUGAAUUAGUAAGGUAAAGAAUAAGAGUGUAUGUCGAAUGAAGCCCCGGCUCUAUGAGUCAAGUGACGUUACGCAAACAGUAAAACCUUUACUGCGGUAACGGUGAUUUUAUUCGGGUCAGUAUUGUAACAGUCAUGUUCUUAUGUACGGGAAUUUACAUGUAUAUAGAUGAAAAUCCCCUAAUCUAGUUCAGUAGCACAUGAAGUGUAAUAAGUAGGUGCCAUGUUUAGCUCAAAGAAAGGGGUUUUUUUCUGUAUUACCCUUAUUAGUGUUAGGGUACUUUUCCACCAGAGAUGUGUUAUGUAGCUAUACUACGAAGAUGUAAUAGCUAAGCUGUGAAUGUGACCGUUUUCACUGAUACUAAGCUACACAUCUUUCCAUAUAAAAACAUAGCUUAGCUUAGUCUGUUUCCACCAAUGCUAAGGCUAUGUGUACUAGGUGGAAGCUAAACGCAUCCACAGCAACGUAGCAUAGCGCAUUUCUGGUGGAAAAGCACUCUUUGGCUGCCUUAUUAUUUGCACCACAAAAUACUCAAUAGCAACGCAGAGUCUGAAAUUAAGUUAAUAUCGCCCGUACUUUUUCAAACGCUACUCAAUUUUAAGUUGUACUUAAAUAUCGUGCUAUCUCUGUCAUUUUAUAAAGAAUUGAUAGUGACAGAACUACAUUUGAGAGCGUCUUAAAAUUGAGUAGCGUUUGAGUUUUCGGGCAUAUGUGUGUCAAUAGGCGUGCCUCACCUUUAAUACAGAUAUGGUACAAAGAACAUUAAAAUUAAGUCAUAAGAAACUCUUAUAUGUAUUUAAAAAUAUAACACUGUAAAACAAUAUUCCCGUUAGAAACUGUUUGCAUAAUGUUCACGUAUAGCGGGGUGUGAUAAUUCAUCACUGCCAGUGAGAGGAUUGGUGCUAGCUAUGUAUUAUAUGUAACGUUAGACUUUGUAAUACGAGAGAAGCUCACGGUAACGUUGGACUUAAGCUAAUAUAAUAUUAAGGUGAUAACGCGUGCCAUAAUGUAAAUAAAUGAAUUACGGACACAUCACAUGGAUUGUGUAUUGUACUUAUAAUUCAUAAUAUUCAUUUGCGAUUCCAAUAUCUUGUAUUGUCAUUUAGUACGCGUGGCAAGGUUGCAUAUUUACAAAAUUAUUUGAAAAAGUAUUACGAACAUACUGCAAUACUUUUUCCGCAAUCAUUUCUCUACAGAAAUAAGUAGCCAUUAUGUUGCCAAUUCACCAGUUCAUUUGAUCUCUUAAUUGGUUAGUAUGACCCCACGUUUCGUACCAAAUUGUCGUGUUAUUAGACAUAAAAUUAACAAAUGUUUAUUUCCCAGUUAGUGUUUAUUAAUUAAUGAUUAAUUUGUCAGUCAUUUUUGUACAUAUUAUUGUUAUGAUUUGGAAAUAAUCUUACUUUACUUACGGUGUACUAAGAGAUAUUUAAUAAUUACUUAAACUAUUCCUUAGUCAUGAUUUUGUUAAGAACAAUAGCUAAGGACUGGGUUGAGUAACCAUUAAAUGACUCUUGAGUGCGGCGGUUAGUUGCUCAAGAGCAUUAUUUGCGUUGACUCGUAUCUUAAGUAAGUAAUUGAUUUGUUGAGUAUAUAAUUGCAAUAUUGACACUGUACUACUCUCAGUACUAUAUUCUACAUACUAGAUAUAUGUAGUUUAAGUUACCAUUAUUUUGGUAUUGAAUAUAAAUAUUUUAGUUAGUUGAAUAUUUUUGACGUAAUACAAAGUUACUUGUACGCUCGUAAGUAACGUUUAGACAUACAUUUUAUAGCAUUUAUCUUAUCUAUUUCUAUCGGUAAAUUAUUUCAAUACAGUUACGUAAUUUUCUACAUUUUCAAAUAUCUGGAACUAGUAUUGUUUCUUACAAAUUGCCAUUUAAGACAUUAUUUCAGAUCGUAAACAGGUAGAAAAUAUAAAAGUAUCAUAGUCCAAGAAUGUGCUUUUCAUCUUUAGAAAAUAUAGCGAUAUGAGUGCUCACAAAUGAAAAAUAUUUAAUAAAUAUAAUGUAAUAGGUACUAGAGUUAUUACAGUUUGAAAAUGCAAUAAUGUAAGUGCUAUUAAACUCGAGACAACAAACAUUGUGUGUACCACAAAUUGUUGUUUUGAGUGUUGGGCAACAUUAAAAAAAUACAUGUAGACUCAAUCUUUGUACAGUACAAAUCCAUUCAAUAAGUAACAGAUUACUUUCCAACAUAGUUUCUGUAAAAGAAACCUUGUCGCAUUAAUAAUAAGCUACAUUUUUAAAUAAUUAUAAAAGAAAGAUUGACGCCAUUAAAUAGAGCUUCCGUAGUAAUGUAAGUUGUUAUUCUGAAGCAAGUUUUGUUAUUAAAAUGUAUAAAGGCGAAAAUCUAGGAUGAAAUAUACUAUUUUCUUAGAUUUUCCGUUUAAGUCGAAGACAGCUUAAAUAAACUCAGGUUUACUGGGUUUAAUAGUCUCUUAUCGAUGUAUCGUAUUUACUCGAUAAAGUCAUCGAUUUCAAAUCGAGUCGAAAUACAAAAGUAAUGUAUGUAAGAAGUAAAGCUGAGUUUUAUUUUCGUAUUAUUUAUGUGUUUAAUUGAUAAAAAAGCAAUUCAAGUUACAUUGUCUAGUUACGUAGUUAUAAUUAAGUCAAUUAUAUAGAAAAAUGUGAUAUCUUUAGCAAUAAAAUUUAAUUUGUAUGAUUUCGUAUAAUUCUGAAUGUAUAGUUAAGUUCAGUGUCUACUUGAAUUUAUUUGGAAUACGUCGUUCGUGUAUUUCUUUGUAAAAUAAUAUUUUUGGAGAUCACUCCCGUCCACAAAUAAAUGUGCCUUACAAAUGA